AUGCUGCAGUUAAGCCAUACGCCUUGGCUUCAAGAAGGCUGGAGCAAAGCCGAUAUCAUCUUCCUUAACGCUAAGGGCGGACGUUCAAUGUCAAGGACUAAAGUUGAUAUCCAGCGGCCGUACCUAACUAGAGAACACAAACAAAUAGCAACGCUUGCUCGUAAAAGCAGCGGCGAGCCUAACGACUCAUCUAAAGUUUUAGCGCUUGGUAUUAUGCUCCUAGAAAUCUGGUACGGACUCCCAAUUGAGAGGUUGAUGGAACCAGAUGACCUUGGUCCGAAUAAUCGGGAAACAGAAAUUACGUAUCUACAAGCUGCUAGGAGGUGUGUCAUGGAUAAGGCAGGUAAAGGGGACUUCUCGUUUGCAUUUAUCAAGGCCAUAUCAUACUGCCUUCAGUGUUUCAUGAAUCCCAGUGCAAGCUUGUCCGACCUAGCAUUUUCUAAGACCAUUGAAGAGCAAGUUCUAGCGCCCUUAGAGGCUGAAAUGAAUAUGCUGUUAUUCGGACCAUCUGUGAGAUAG